AAGCUAUUAAAAUAAUCCUAAUUUACAAUAAGAAGAAUUACAAGUGAUAUUUUAUUCCUCCUUGAAGCAUUUACUGUCUGUCUAGAUAACAUUUCCGAUGGCUUCACUAUCCUUGGACAAAAUUGGACAAAAGAAGAGAAUCCUGCCUAGUUCACUUCAACUAUUUCUAUGCUUGAAUAUAAUGUUUUGUUUAUGUGAAGUAAUCUGUUCAGUGAAUGUUGGACGACGGCUAACACUACCAGAAGAUGAUAGGCUAAUCAAUACAGAUGGAGUUGAAGAACGACGAAAUAUGCUGAGACGUUUGAUUAACGAAAUUGCUGACAAUCCGAUGUAUGCCGCUGAAGCACUUGAAGAAAUUCGAAGAUACCCUUCAAUGUACAAUCGAAAUAGACGGGAUUACUUGUUUCUACGUGGUUGAUUCAACUUUCUACAGCCUGUGCAAAUGUCAACAAUUAAAUAUUAAUUAAUAAAUAAACACAUUCAGAAGCAUAGACAUAAAAUUUCUAAGAUGUAACACUGUUUAGCAUAUGAAUUUCACAUUGUCAAUUGUAUAUUCAUUGAAGUAAAUAAAAAUUGAAUGAGCACAGUA